UAAUUAACACUGAAGAGGACUCAUGUCAUGAUUUCGAAAACGUGCCGUUAAUAAAGAAAAUUCCAUGCUGAUGUGUAUUGUUCAACAACCUACAGUGAUGGAGUGAUGGAGAUGGAUAUCACUAUGAAAACCUACAUUAGAUUGACGUAUUGAACAUCAUUUAAAAAAUCCAGUUCACAAAAAUCAAAUGGGACAGAACGGAAUCAAUAGCCUGCACAAUACGGCUAUUUCGGUUUUAAUGUUUGAUAUCUGGAGACGGAUGUCGGAUUUAGGACGUAGACUGCUUCUUAUUUUGGUUUGGUGGCUGUAUAGAUAGAAAAUCCGGAUUCGCAUAGACUGCCAAAAAUGGGGGUAUGUAUCGAACUCGAAAGUAGAUUUGAAGGUGGAGUCUGAAGUAAUGAAGUAAUGAUUCUUAUUCACUUGAAGAUAGACUGCGUUGUCAAAAAUGGAAACUUAUGGUCUUGCAUCAUUGUAUCUCGAGCCGUUGGGAAGUAGUGCUCAAAGGAUCUCCAAACUUCGAAGGUGUCGCAUUGCUUCAAUCAACGUGCCGUUUGUUGGUUGUAAACUAUGGAAUUUGAGUGUUCUGAGCAUCCUGAUCCUAACAGUAUUCAACAUACUAUUGAUGCUGCGCCUCUUGAACACAGAAUGCACCAGUAUUUCCUCGGAGCCCGCUCCCAAACCUCAAGUUCCUUUACCUCCGCUUAUUCUUGAAAAUCUCUUGCCUUCGAAUACCUCACCCAUAUUCAAUGUUGAUCCCAGGCUAGGCAGGUGGGAUGCGAGGCACUUGUUCAAAAUGAUCGAUCACGCCCUCGUCGGCAGCAACUUCAUCGAACUCUCAACCAAAAACUCAGUGUGCCUUGCGACGCAGUCGUCUUUGGAAAAACUCCACUCUUUGGUCCAAGUGGCCCAUCACUGGAGUGGACCAAUAUCAGUAGCAUUGUUUGCAGCAGGAGAUGAAGAAUUUUCAUUAUUGCAAGGUUACAUUGAUUUUUUACGCCGAUGUUAUGUUCCAGUAAGAGAAAGGAUAAGCUUCCAUUUAGCCUUUCCUAAAGAAAAAAUUCCUACUAGUACUUAUUAUGUAGAAAAGACUACUCAAUUGGACUGUCUGGGACCUGAAGCUUCUCUUGGUCAAAUGCUCAAAUUACGGUCUCCGGAUAUCGUGAGAUGGAGAAUUAGGAACCGUUAUCCACAGAAUCAUAUGAGGAAUUUGGCGAGACGGAACUGCCAAACAUCCCACGUUUUUUUAACUGACAUAGAUAUUAUUCCAAGUACAAAUCUAGCAGAAGCUCUAGAUUUGUUUAUUAAGACUGAAACGUGUAAGGGUGGAAAGUGUGCAUAUGUUAUUCCCACUUACGAGCUGGAUGAGAGAGUACCUUUUCCAAGAAAUAAAACUGAACUUAUAAGGCUUACAGGGAGAGGUUUGGCGAGACCUUUCCACCAUAAAGUGUUCAUAUAUAAUCAGUUUGCUACUAACUUUUCUCGCUGGGAACAAGAUAUACAGAAUCAUGCUGUGCACAUCAGUCACAGCGUAACCAACUUUGAAUUUCUUUAUGAGCCGUUUUAUGUAGCACCUGACAUUGUGCCACCGCACGAUGAAAGAUUUCUAGGAUAUGGCUUUACAAGAAACACCCAGGUGUAUGAAAUGUAUGUAGCAGGGUAUGAAUUCUUUGUGUUAUCGCCUGUUUUCACUAUCCAUUGGGGUCUUCAGAAUCGGAAAGGUCGUCCUUCAUGGAGGGAGAGACAAAACACAAACAACAGAAGGAAUUUCGAUCAGUUCAAAAGAGAAGUAUUUGCACGUUACCAUAAAGAUCCAUUAAAUAUGAUACUCCCUCAUGCCAAAGAUAGCUCAAAUGUUAAAGCUUAAAAUAAAUAACUAAUAUUUAAUAGCAUAAGCCACCAAGGGAACAUUAUAAUGUCAUGAAUGGGAUUAUAAAUUCCCAUAAAUAACUUAAUAGUUGAUUAUACGAAUAUAUAUAUAUAGUUAUGGUGAAAAUAGUAAGAGCAUUUAAUGUAUUUUUUAUGUGUCUGUACUGCUGGUAGGUUAUUUGGCCUUAUUUUGUGUUUGAAUUGCUGCUGGGUUAUUUGGUGUUAUUUUAUGUCUUUACUGCAGCUAGGUUAUUUGGUGUUAUUUUAUGUCUUUCCUGCUGAUGGGUUAUUUGGUGUUAUUUUAUGUCUUUCCUGCUGCUAGGUUAUUUUGUGUUAUUUUAUGUCUUUCCUGCUGAUGGGUUAUUUGGUGUUAUUUUAUGUCUUUACUGCUGAUGGGUUAUUUGGUGUUAUUUUAUGUUUUUACUGGUGCUGGGUUAUUUGGUCUUAUUUUAUGUGUCUGUACUGCUGCUAGGUUAUUCAUUUGCUGUGUGUUAAGUAAGUUUUUGCAUUUAAUUCUUCCAAGUCAAGUUUUUUUUUUCAAUUAAUAAUGAGACAUGUUUUUUGAAUUUCGCUUUUUAGGUUAUAUAAAUGCUCUGGGGUUCAGGUGUGUUUCUAUAAUACUUUUCUACUUUUCACCCAUUUGGCCUUAAACAUUUGCAGCACACCAAGCUGCCAAAAUUGUAGAUCCACCAGACAAUGGCUUAAGAAUUGUAUUCCACGACAGAGGCAAGCUAAAAAGUUCAAUAAAGGACCAUCGCAACUGCCCUGAACCCUUUUGCGACAUACCAAACUGCCAAAAACGUAGAUCCAUUAGAUAACAGGUUUGUCAGGCAUAUCUAAUCCUGUAUCAGGCAACACUUUUGCCAAUUUUGGUGUGAGUUCUUUAAUCAUGAGUUUACUGUGUCUUGCACCUCUGGAUUUCCUCCACUUAUAAUUUUUUUUAUUUUUUUAUUUGGUGGAGUGUGAGAUGGAGGAGCCUUGCAGACCCUCUGGCCAUUUGGUCUGCUUGUUUAUUACCAAAAAUUCUUUUUAAAAAAAAGAUUAGCUUAGGAGGUUUUAAAUGCAUUCACUGACUAUUUUGGAUGUGAGCUUUUUAGUUGAUAAUGAUUUUAGGGUCGCUUGGCUGUCUGUUCGUACAAGGAUUUUUGUCAGUGUAACCUCUUGUAAGAGUUUCUACAGCAUGUUGUUAGCAGGUAUUUCAGCUUGAAAGAUAAAUUUAUGCUGAAAUAAUGAGUUUGAAAAACACAAAAUAUAGCUAAUCCAGUAUAGGCGGAUAUAAUUAUAUAUGAUCUUCUUUCCCUUUGUUAGUCUGUUAAAACUUUAGGGUGUUUUAAAGGAUGUUCCACGAUCAUAAAGUCAGUUCUUAUUUCUAAAAAUGGGUGUCUGAUUUUAUUUAUGUAAUGCCUUCUCUUGCAACCUGAAGAGUCUCUUAUUGUUUUUUUACCAUAACUGUAUAUGCAAGAAUGUAUUUUAUAUAUACACACAUAUAAAAAUAAUAAUAAAAAUUACAUUUUAGCCUAAAUGAAAACCCUAUUGGUUGUAAUACACAUGUCUUCCUUUUUGGUGAAAAAACGUAGUUUAAUAACAGAUACUAAUGUGAUCUUUAAAAAAACAGGACUGUAUUGAUAUUUUCUAUGGACUAUUUUACCACAAUAAAUUUUUAUUGUACUAAAUAAAUUGUAAUGUAAUAGUGUACAUUUGAUAUUUAUACAAAUAGUAUAUGCAUUAAAAAUAACCAAAAUUGAUAUAAUCACUGACUCUAUUUUCAUAUCACAAACCUCUAACAAAAUUCAAAUUAUAGAUUAAACUUUUUUUAUU